AUGGCAGAGCAAGUCGUAGGACCUUAUUCAAAGCCAUAUCAUAAACCAUGUUUGACCUGUGUUGUUUGCAACAAAAGACUCGAUUCAACACUUUUAUUGGAACAUGAUGGAGAGCCAUACUGUAAAAGUUGUCAUAAAACACAUCUUGGGCAAGGAAAAGGAGGAUUUGGGCUUUCUGUACCGCUACGCCCAGAAAAGCCAAUCGCUUUACAAGCUAGCCCAAAACCAUCCAAUGGAUACAAAAGUGAGGCAGCCAGGAGGGUAGAGGAAAGGUUAGCAGAAGAAAUGUCGGGGAUCAAUCUAUCAGCAAGGAGAGAUAAUCCUUCUCCAACAAUGAGAGAACCUACUUCACCCUCGACAUAUCAGCCACGCACGCAGAUCACAACGUUAUCCAAACCAACAACAGUCGCUCAAAUUGGAACUCCUCUUUGUGCAAGAUGUCAAAGACCAGUUUAUUUUGCCGAACAAAAACAAGCAGCAAGCCGAAAAUGGCAUCGUGCUUGUUUACGUUGUGAUGGUUGUUCGACUACUUUGGAAUCGGGUAAAUUGGAAGAAGGUCCUUUGAGCGCAACGUACGAGUUCCCAACGAAUGUUUGGUGUAGGACAUGUUAUGCCAAACGAUUCGGUCCAAAAGGAAUCGGAAACGCCGGGAUGUCUUUGCCAGAGAAUGCAAGGUAG